AGCCACUGGAUAAAUAUGAAAGUGAUCAUAGAGGAGCUGCAUGUCAAAGGCCACGAGGUCACAGUGGUUCGGCCGUCCGAAAGCUUGUUAAUCAGUGAAAUGUCUCCUCUCUACACUUCUGUCACUGUUCCCAGCCCUGGUGGAUUUAAGGAAAACAUUGAAGGCUUUUUGUCUCGACAGCUGGAUAUCAGGCUUCAGGGUAAAAAUCCAUCUUUUUGGUCUAAAAUCUGGACUUACAUUCAGAUAGAGAAGUUGACCUUGGACCAGUUUAUUCAGCUCCAUAUAAUAAGGAGUCAAAUUGUCAUUCAGAUGUUUGAAGAUGAAAACCUGAUGCAGUCUUUCCAUGAAGCCAAAUAUGACCUGGUUUUGACCGACCCCUUUGCCGGUGUUGGGGCAAUGUUGGCACGUCGGCUCCAAGUUCCUCUCGUUUUUAAUGUCAGAUGGACCAUUCAAGGUGAAGCUCAUUUCCUUAUUGCCCCAUCACCUUUGUCAUACAUUCCUUUCACUGCAACAGAGUUGACAGAUAAGAUGACUUUCCCACAAAGAAUAAAAAAUGUUUUGAGCUAUAAUUUAGGGAUGUUCACAAUGUCAUACAUCGCAGAACCUUAUUAUAAACCAGUAGUUAAGAAGUGCUUUGGUCCCGAUGUGGAUUACUCAACGUUUUUCCUGGAUGCAGAUAUCUGGCUUAUGAGGAAUGAUUUUUUCUUUGAAUUUCCACGUCCAACAAUGCCAAAUAUAAUCUACAUGGGUGGAUUUCAGUGCAAGCCCCCAAAGCCACUCCCUGCAGACUUGGAGGAGUUUGUCCAGAGCUCUGGAGAUCACGGGGUCAUAAUGAUGACCUUAGGAACUUUGGUCAGGAAGCUUCCUCGAGGUGUCACUGAGGAGAUAGCUGCAGCUUUUGCCCAGCUGCCUCAGAAGGUUGUAUGGAGGUAUAUGGGACAAAGGCCAGCCAACCUAGGCAAUAACACAUUAAUAGUCAACUGGUUGCCACAGAAAGACCUCUUAGGACAUCCCAAAACGCCAGUGUUUGUGACCCACAGAGGCACUAACGGGGUUCAGGAGGCCAUUUACCACGGAGUUCCUGUAGUUGGACUUCCCUUAUUCUUUGAUCAACCUGAUAACCUCUCCAGAAUCAAAGCAAAGGGAGGAGCUGUGAUUGUGGAAAUUGCCGAGCUUGACAGACACAUCUUUGGAGAUGCCCUUAAGACGGCUCUUUACAAUUCAUCUUACAGGGAAAAUAUGCAGAGGCUCUCAAGACUGAACAGAGAUCAGCCCAUGAAACCACUGGACAAGGCAGUGUUUUGGAUAGAAUAUGUCAUCAGAUAUAAAGGAGCUCGUCAUCUGCAGAGUCAGUCACACAAAAUGUCCUGGUUUGUUUACAACUCCAUUGAUGUCAUCGCUGCUUUGUUGGGAGUUAUUUUGCUUGUAACAUUCACCUGCAUAUCAAUUGUAAUGUUACUGUGGAGAAUUAUUUCAGUUGGUAAAAAAUUUAAACAUGAAUGACA